GCAAGCGUGGGUAGCAACUCACGCCACGCACGAGUACCCCUGCGCCCCGGCUCCUCCUCUUCAACGAUAGGCCAUACAGAUCACGGCCGCGGCGACCAGCGGAGAUCUUAACCGGAAUCCCAAACCCCCAAUCCGAUCUGCCGGCUUCCCCCAAAGAUGGCGGCGACGUGGGUGGCGGUGCUGGCGGUGGUGCUGGUCGCGGCUGCGCAGGCGGCGGCGGGGCCGGUGACGGCGCCGGCUUUCCUCUGGGCGCCCAAGAACUACGGAUUCUGUUCCAAUGAGGCUAAAGAAGUAGUCCACUAUCAGACAAUCUCCCCAAAUAGCUUAGCUAAAUCUGUUCUUGAGGAAGGUGGUUGGUCAAACUUGGUGUGUUCAAAGGAAGGUUCUCAAAAAGAUGUUGAUGUUGCAGUUCUUUUUCUCGGAUCAAAGCUACAAUCAUCGGACAUAUCUAAAGAUAAGCAAGUGGACCCAGCUUUAGCAGACACGCUGAAGCUCUCCUUCACAAACUCCGAAUUUUCUAUGGCAUUUCCUUAUGUUGCCAUGUCAGACGAUGAAAAACUAGAGACCUCAUUGCUAUCUGGAUUUGCUGAGAAUUGUGAGGAUGGUUCUGGAAGAAAUCAUAUCACAUACACAGACACUUGUACUGCAAGCAGUGAAGAUAUAAAGAACCAUGAGAGCAUGGAUUCCAUUCAAAAUUUGGUAAAGUCACGGAUGGGAAACAACCCAAGUGGACAGACUGAGCUAAUUGUCUUCUGUAGCGGCGGUUUCAAGGAAAACACAAAAUCAGAAGGGGAGUUGCUUUCCGAGCUGGUUUCUGUGCUUAACAAGGCUGAGGCUAAAUAUACAAUUCUUUACGCUUCUCAACCAUAUGGUUUGUUGGAGAACCCAUCCGACUUGCCAUUAGCCAGGUAUCUUGCAGAGAAGACCAAUACUACUAAACCUGUUCUUGAGAAAUGUGAUGGAGAGUGCCAAACAAAAUCAUCUCUCCUGGAAGGAUUAUUUGUGGGAAUAGUGCUGCUCAUCGUCUUGAUAUCAGGACUCUGCUGUAUGAUGGGGAUUGAUACUCCGUCCAGGUUCGAGGCUCCCCAGGAGUAAUCUCAGUCCAGUUCUAAAGCAGAUCAGAUAUGGAUGGCCAGUGUUUGUUAGCCUGCGCUGUGGAUAUAGUUAGCUUCCUUUUCGAAUGCGCCUUUGCUUUGUGUAUUUUACUGAGCCAAGAUUUCUGUUUAGUGACCAAUUUUUUGGUGUAAUACUCUACUCCAUACCCACGGAGAUCUGAGCCUUUGCAAACUAAUAUAUGCGCAAGGCUUGUGUUGUACCAUGAGACUUCAACACUGCUUGCAGUUUUCUCUGUGAAUAGCUUGGAUUCAGGUGGCCAAUAAGAUGAUGGCACUGUCCAUCUAAUAAAAUCCUGUCAUUCAUCAAUUA